GUCCUGUCAGCCACCAUUGAUGGAAAGAACUAUAACAUCGAAGUGGACCGGGAGCUCUAUGAUAGAAUCAUUAGCGGAGAUGAUGCUGCUUAUCAAGCAGUUCUUAGGGAGGUACGCAUGUCAAAUGACAAUGUCAAUGAUGGCGAAGAAGCAGCUGCCGGGACCAGUACAAAUGUGAUGAUUGAACCUGAAGGAGCCAUCAUGUCCAGAGCAGCUGUUCUCCUAAUCAUCGACCUCUACAAGCAGAGGGCUGCGAAAUUUGCGGACAAAAAAACAAUGAAAAAAAAAUUGUGGGAGGAGAUAUGCAAGGAGAUGUUGCAGAUGGGGUAUUUGUUCACGUGGCAGCAGAUAAAAACCAAAUACAACAAUCUGCUGCACAAAUACAAGGUAACGAAAGACCACAACAACAAGACUGGGAGGCAGCCGAAGACAUGCCCAUAUUAUAAUGAACUUGACGAGUACCUCUCUGAAAAACAAAACAUAAGGCCUUAUCACACAAAUGAUUCGUUGGCUCGUGAUAAUUUAGAAGAGAACGAGGAAUCAGAUAAUUCAGUUGAGCAACCACCUGUACCGGCGAAACGCCAACGAGUGAACAGCCCAAAGAAAUCAAAAGUCGUAAAGCUGCUUGAAAGCAUGCAGGCAAGGAGAGAAAUAGAAAACGAACGAGCAUUAGCUGAAUUAAAACGCCAACACGAGGAAAACAUGAAAAAUGAAAAAGAAAAAUUGGAAAUAUUGAAGAAAUUUUUAGAGAAGUUAUAAGAUGAUUGUAGCAGAUGUGUAAGCAUGUAGAUCAACGCGCCUAGAUAGAGCGACUAGAUUAAAAGGAGAUCUUUUAAUUCAAUGUUUACAUGCCAUUUUCUGUUUCUUGGCAUUUUCUGUUUUCUUCAAAAUAUGCAAGAAAUUUGUAUAGUAGUUACUCAUAAAUAAAGGCACAUAACCUCAGAUGGAAAGACCAAAUUACGCCCACAUCUCAAAAGAUUUUAUUGAAAUUGAUGAAAAACAACACCUACACAUGUUCACCCAGUUUCCGCGGUAACCAUGCAUGCUAAAUUUAUGUGUUCUUAGCUUCUCACAUAUCGACUUAAGAACCAGACAUCGAUUACUCAGGCAUACCCGACUGGUCAAUGAGAUUUAAACCCGGCACAAGAAGUAUUGAGGUAUGUCACAAAGUAAAAUAAAAAAAAAGAAAGUCUAAGCAUAAUGUUUUCAUCUGUGGUUAUGGGCCUUCAAGUACAAUUGCAUUCAUCAUUUGAAAAAUCGAACAUCCUGCAGCCUUGAGAUUCUUCAUAGUACAUGUCCAUGCAGUUUCUUCAAUGUCAGAAUAGUGAUCGAAUUGUGUAAACUGGAGUUGAUUGUGAAACUUUGAUUGUUAGGUCCCCCACAACAGGUUUUAGUUUACAGAUUGUAAAGAGAACCAACUGCUCAUUACAUCUUUGUGUAAUCUUUACAUAAAUUAAUGUAAUACUUUUUUAGGCUACAUAACUGAAAUUGGAGAAAUUUCUUACUAACAUAUGUAGCAUUUCUCUUGAAUAAGUUCUCAAACAGUUUAUUAUAUGAAACACAUUGUCACAUAAAUGUAACUAUUACAUGUAAAUUAAAGGUAUUGAAUCUAAUUUUAAAA